AAAUCACAAACAAAAAAAUGGUUAAAAAUAAUUAAAAUGAGUUCUCCAAGACAUAAUUUAUUAAAUAAAGAAGCAAAAAAGGUAAAUAUAGUAAUAAUAGCAACAAUUAAAAUAAUUAUUACAUAAAAUCUAACACAAAAUUUAUGCAAUUUCUUGCAACUACGUCAAUUUGGGUUGCCUACCUUAAUUAUUGCUCCAAAAUAAAAGUUAAAAUGUUCAAAGUACAAAAAGAAUAUCUUCAAAUAAGACCAUCAAACACAUUUUUAACGUUCAUUAAAAAUUGUGCAAUCGACUAAAAGUAUAAUUGAAACUUAAAAGUUUGAAGAAACUCCUUAAUCUCAUACAUAUGACUGAAGAAACAUGGACCACAAAAAUGAAAGAAUAUCUCCAAUUAAUAACCGUCGAACCAACCAUGAUUUUUUAUAUGAUGGCUUUUAUGAUUACCUCAAUCGUUGAGCAAGCCUUUUUUGUGCACAAAGCAUGCACCGUUAAUCACGGCUUCAACGAAACCGUUUGUGAUAACUUAGUUGAAGAUCAAUAUAAAGAAUUGAAUAAAGAGGUUCAAUUAACAGUUUCCGAAUUCCACCAAUGGAACGAUAUAGCAGGCCAUCUCGGCCAAAUAAUUUUAGCUUUUUUUAUGGGGGCUUGGGCUGAUCGGCGCGGACGAAAAUUACCUUUAACUUUGGGAUUAAUCGGAAAAUUUUAUUACUCAACGAUGAUAAUCGUUAAUUCCCAACAAAAAGAUUGGCCCGUCGAAUACAUCAUUUACACGGCAACGAUACCUAUGACUAUAACCGGGGCUGACGUCGCUAUUUUCGCCGCUGCGUUUACUUAUAUAACCGACGUUUCAUCACCGGAAAAUCGAACGUUACGAGUUACAAUUUUAGAAGUUUGUUAUUUAGCUACAAUGCCAACAGGAAUUGCUUUGGGAAAAGUUCUUUAUAGCAAUGUAACAAAUAAAUCGUACUCAAUAAUGUUUACGAUAAACGCUAGUUUAUUAUUCAUCGGAAUAAUUUAUACCCUUUUAAGAUUAAAAUGGAGAACGAACGAAAAGCAACGUCCAUUAAGUGAAGCAAAUAACAUUUUCACAGAUUUUUUCGAUUUAAACCACGUUGUACAAACAUUCCAAACGAUUCUAAAAAAACGAAGGAACCGCAAAAGAACUUAUUUAUUUUUAUUAAUAUUCGCAAUGGCUUUUUACACAUUCCAAAGAGACGAGAAACCCAUGAUGUAUCUUUACGUGCAAUUAGUGCUAAAAUGGGGCUUCGAUCAGUUCAGUAAUUUUAAAACUUACGUCUCAGCACUUCAAGACGUCUUUUUAUUAUGCGCAAUUCCUUUAAUGAGUAAAUAUUUCGGAUGGAGAGACACUUACAUUAUGUUGUUUGGUGCUUUGUGUCACUUGAUUGCUAGAAUUUUUUAUGCAACCGCCCAAGUUGGGUGGUUAUUAUACAUUGGGGGAGCUUUUGCAGCUUUCGGGCCGGUUGUAGCCCCCGUAAUAAGAUCGAUCGUCUCAAAGAUGAUUUCUUCGGAUGAGAGGGGGAAGAUAUUUUCAAUUUUAGCGGUAGCUGAUAAUGCGAUUCCUAUUGUUUCGGGGACGUUGUAUUCUCAGGUUUAUAACGCUUCCAUUCAUACUCAUCCGGCAGCUAUUUAUUAUUUAACAAUCGGAACACAAGUUAUGGUCUUCUUAGCGGCUUUGUAUAUUCAUUUUACGACUACGAACGAGGAUUUAAUUCAUGACGAAACCGAUGUAAUUGAAAGUUGUAUUGAAAAUGAUGAUAACACGACAACUCAAGAAAAAGAUUGAUUCUAAUUUUAGGUUAUGUUGAGGGUUAGAAACAUUCCUGUUUUUUAUUAUAAUUAAUUACUAUUUUAGAA